UCAUAUCAAGGUUAUAAUUCAGCUGGUUCGUAGUUUGGAUUCAAUUAAGGUCCCUGCAGCUCGUGCAAUGAUUAUUUGGAUGGUGGGAGAGUACAACUCUAUAGGGCAAAUAAUUCCAAGGAUGUUAACCACUAUACUUGCAUAUCUUGCUCAGUGCUUUACUUCAGAAGCAGUGGAGACAAAACAUCAGAUUCUUAAUGCUUCUGUUAAGGUCCUUUUAUCUGCGAAGGAGGAAGAUUUAUUGACAUUUAGAAGACUUCUAAAUUAUGUUCUUGAAUUGGCUAAAUGUGACUUAAACUAUGAUGUUCGGGACCGGGCCCGUAUUAUGGAAAAACUUCUUUUGAUCCAGUUAGGAUCUGAUUCUUUGGAGGAAAAAAUAAAUUCUCUGCCGCAGGAUAAGGACCGACUACAUAUACUUGCAGAAUGUGUGUUUGAGGAACAAAUAAAAUUGCCAUCCCUUGAACCCAUUAAUUACCGGUUCUGUCUUCCUGGAUCUCUUUCACAGAUAGUUCUUCAUGCAGCUCCUGGGUAUGAACCUCUCCCUAAGCCUGGUAGUUUGCAAUUGCAUUUUAAGAACCUAAGCCAAUACUCAGAUCUGGCUUGUGCGAUGAAUGCAUCACGAGAGGAGGCCUCAUGCAGUGACUCCAACAGGGCAGAUGAUCCUGAUGCAGCAUCAGAGUCUUUAGAUGAGGAAAGCACUUCUGGAUAUAGUUCUCAGUAUUCUAAUGCUGACUCAAGCGGGAGUGAUGGCAGUGAUGAUAGAGUUUCUGAAGGUGAUGAUAAUGGUGAUCCUUUGAUUCAGUUGUCAGAUAAUGGGGAUUCUAGAAGGCAUAAUGGUUCUGAUAAAUUAGAACUGAUGUCUAAGAGAGCCCUGGAAUCAUGGUUGGAUGAGCAGCCUGGUUCAUCUAAUCUAACUGCAUCUGAACAAGGUCAAGUCCGGCGAUCUUCAGCAAGAAUCUCUAUUGCAGAUAUAGGUGGCAGAGUUAAACCUAAAAUCUACAUGCUCUUAGAUCCUGCAAACGGAAAUGGAUUAAGAGUAGAUUCAUUUUCAUCUGAUAUUUCAAGCAUAUCCCCACAGCUUGUUUGUGUAGAAGUUUCCUUCAAGAACUGUUCCUCAGAACCCAUGUCAAAAGUAAUGUUGGUAGAUGAGGAAUCUGAAAAUGGCCUUGGUUCUGCAAGCCCAGUGUUAGCUACAGCUGAGAGCUCCUCAAUAUCUCAUGAUGAUGUGCCAACCCUCGUUCCUAUGGAAGAGAUUACUUCCCUCGAAGCAGGUCAGACAACAAAGAAGAUGCUCCAGGUUCGCUUCCACCAUCAUCUCUUGCCUCUGAAGCUGGCCUUAUGGUGUAAAGGAAAGAAGCUCCCUGUUAAGUUGUGGCCAGACAUUGGAUAUUUUGUAAGACCACUUCCAAUGGAUGUUUUUGCCUUUGCAGAUAAGGAAUCUCAUCUCCCUGGAAUGUUUGAGUGCAUGAGGAGGUGCACCUUCACUGACCACAUUGGGGAACUAACGAAUGACAUUGGUGGAGGCACACUAGUGAAAGAUAUGUUUCUUGUUGUCUGCAAGAGCCUAGCAGUAAAGAUGCUUAGCAAUGCAAACCUCUUUCUCGUGUCUGUGGAUCUGCCCGUUGGUGCCAAUCUUGAUGAUGCUUCAGGUUUGUGCUUAAGGUUCAGCAGUGAGGUCUUGCGCAAUUCAUUACCCUGUUUGAUUACCAUUUCAGCUGAUGGUAAAUGCUUUGAACCAUUGAAUGUGUCUGUUAAGGUCAAUUGUGAAGAAACUGUAUUUGGCUUGAAUUUGUUGAACAGGGUUGUAGGUUUCUUAGCUGAGCCCUCUCUGACACACUAAAGUUGUGGAGAGUGGUAUAUACAUUAUCGAGUCAUUGAGUAUGGGAAUAGAACUGAUGGGAACUGGAAUGAGUAACGAUGGAUGUCUUUUUUGAAAUAUAUGGUUGCUUUACUUUUGAAA